AUGGGAAUUGCUACUAGAUUAGAUGAAGAUCCAUCUGGAACUUGCAUAGAUCAAUCUAUGUAUCGAGGUAUAAUAGGCUCACUACUCUACUUAACAGCUAGUAGACCUGACAUAUCUUUUAGUGUAGGUUUGUGUGCCAGGUUCCAAGCAAAUCCAAAGGAGUCUCACCUGACAGCAGUAAAAAGAAUUCUAAGAUACUUGAAAGGAACUGAUGAUUUGAGUCUCUUCUAUCCCAGAAGUGAUUCUUUUGAUUUGAAUAGUUUUACUGAUGCUGACUAUGCAGGUGAUCUGGUUAAUAGAAAAAGCACUUCAGAAACUUCUUUUAAGAUUAAUUGCAUUUGGAAAGUUCAGUUUUUGAAAGACUCAUCCAGUAAUUUAAAAUUUGAAAAAUCAAUUGAAUUUGUUCAAUUAAUGACUGAACAGUGA